CCACCGAAAUCGCUAGGUGUCGAGAUGUUUUCAAGACUUGCGCCGCGUUCACACGUGUUUUGGUCGCGGACGGCGAAAGUUGUCUUUGGAGGUGGCCAGUCGGCUAGAAGUUGUUCCCGCUUGUCGAGUAUCUCGUCAUCGUCGCCAGUGACCAGUCCUCAGUUGUCAGUCCACUCGCAACACCGUCAGUUUUCCCGCAGCAGCGCAAUGUCGGCAAAGUACAUUCCAGUAGAGAAAGGAGUUAAGAACUCCCCCAGCUACGCCAUCUACUACAAAAAUGAAGCGGGACAAGCCAUUUCACCGUUUCAUGACAUCCCCCUCUAUGCAAACGAAGCCAAAACCGUAUACAAUAUGGUCGUAGAAAUUCCACGUUGGACAAACGCUAAAAUGGAAAUUUCAACAAAGGUGCCUCUAAAUCCAAUCAAACAAGACAUAAAGAAGGGUAAAUUGCGAUUCGUAGCAAACUGUUUCCCCCAUCAUGGCUACAUCUGGAACUAUGGCGCUUUCCCACAAACUUGGGAAAAUCCAGAUCAUAUUGAACCAUCAACAUGUGCUAAAGGUGAUAACGAUCCAAUUGAUGUUUUGGAAAUUGGCUAUCGCGUCGCCGAGAGAGGUGAAAUCGUCCAAGUAAAAAUUUUAGGUACUCUUGCUUUGAUCGACGAGGGAGAAACUGAUUGGAAAAUUCUCGCCAUCGAUGUUAAGGAUCCUUUGGCUGAUCAAGUAAAUGAUAUUGCUGAUAUUGAAAAACAUUUCCCAGGACUCUUGCGAGCAACAGUCGAAUGGUUCAAGAUUUACAAAAUCCCAGAUGGAAAACCUGAAAAUCAGUUUGCCUUUAACGGAGAGGCGAAAAAUGCGGCUUUCGCUACAAAUGUCGUUGCUGAAACGCACAAAUUCUGGCAGGGAUUAGUUAAAAAGGAAUUGGAUGCAGGCUCACUUUCUUGCGUAAACACCAGUGUAUCUGAUUCUCCAUUCAACAUCUCACAAGAGGAUGGUGACAAGAUUUUGGCUCAGCCUCUCGACGCUGCUGAACCAGAAAACAUCGGACAUUCAGUCGACAAGUGGCAUUUCAUCCAUUUGAAGUGAACGGUAUUUCACCAUACCAGCAGUUAACAGGAAAAAAGUUAUCACAAAUAUUUGAAAUAUCCUGCAUGGAGAAACAUAAUUUGCAAUGGACAAAUAAUAAAUUGGGAUGAUCUCGAAAA